AUGCUAUUUGCGUUUAAAGCACUUUCUUCACCGGAUAAUGACAGUCCCCGUUCUAAAAUAAAAACUACUGAGAAGGUUUUCGCUGCUGAUGGUGAUUCGACCCUACUGAGUGCUCCUGUUGCUCCCACCAGUAGUCAAAAGAGUCUGGAAGCGAACUCUAGAUCGCGCGACCUAGACUCUCCCGAAGUAGCAGAUGAUCUCAAUCGCAGUAAAGUCGAUGAAAGCUUCGACUCGUCUAGAGACCUUUCCCUCUCUUCGGAUGCAGUCAGCAAACUUCUAAAGCCGGUGAAGGAGAAGAGUUUUUCAAAGGAAGCUGAGGAGGUUCGAAUAACAAAACUUUAUCGUUUCGUUCUGCGCGUAUCCUCUGAGAACGCCUCAUCGGGUUUGACGAUCAAACCGCUUCUGGAAAAUAUCGUAGAAAGUUUUGUCUUACGGUGUCUGCCCCUACCACCCCAUUUGAUGUCCAUCAAAUUUGCCAGUUGUAAACUUUUAGCCAACUGCUGCAUGAAGGACAAUGAGCUUGAUCGAGCCCUCAAGCUCUUAAUCCAGGUAAUGCCUUGUAUGCAGCUCUGUUAA